GAAUCUAAACUAUCCCUGCAGCAGAGCUCUGGUUUCUGCAGGUAUAGGUGAAUCUGGCGGCAGAACCAUGUCUGGCAUCAGAAAGGAACUGGAGGACGCCUUGAGGUGCUAUGCCUCAGACAUUCUCACCGACAUCCAGACGGUCAGAGAUUUCUGUGAGAAGUUCUCCAAAUGGAUGCUGUGGAGGGAAACUGAGCUGGAAAUGAUAAGAGACAUCAAAGACAGGGCUGACAAAGUCAAGGUAAAACAGUCUGCAGAGCUGCAGAAGGAGCUGGAGGAGGUGCUGAUGGACACUCUUGGAGGUUUGGAGACACUCCAGUGCUUCCUGGACGCCAUAGAGAAGCUGGCGGUCAGCUCUGUGCACGUGUUCAUGGAGAACCAGCUGAUCCAGCUUCCUGAAAACAUCGGCUUUGAUUACGUUCAGGUUGUCAUCAACACUGCAAAACUCAUCUGCCCUCUCCUGCUGGAGUUUAAAAGAGAUGCGAGCGUUUUCUUCCUUCCCAAAAUGCAAAACGCUGAGGUGCUGGCAUAUCAGCUGGACAGAUACAUCCAGACCACAAAGAAGAUGUGUGAGAAGAUGGAGAAAAGCUGUCUGAAUGAUGGCUGCCUGACGGAGACAGAAGUUGUGGUGAAGCUGGAUGUGGAUUUGUCUGAAUUUAACAUGCAGAGGAUGCUGGACCACAUCAACCAGCUUAAAGACAUACGGAUGGACCUGGACUUCCGGAUGGUGUUCUUGUUCCAGGAAGAAUCUGGUUCCAGCUUCAUGAAGGAGUUUAGUGAGCGUCAGCCCAGGAUGCUGCAGUUUCUUAAGGAGUUGGAGGAAAAUGCUGUUCAGCUGGACAGGAUGAACAAAGGUGCAAAGAUCUCCAGUGUUGUUGGCAGCUCGGUGGGGGCAGUUGGAGGUGUGCUGUCCAUUGUUGGUUUGGCGUUGAUACCUGUGACAGCAGGAGUGUCCUUAGCACUCACCAUGGCAGGCGUAGGGAUGGGCGUCACCAGUGGUGUCAACAGCAUCGUCACCACGGCCACUGAGUUGGGGGUCAACCGAACGCACCAGAAGAAAGCCAGUGAAGUCUUCCAGAGCUUCAUGGAGGAUGUGACCAAACUACAGGACUGUCUGAAGGAGGUGAGCAACAGAGAAAUCACCAAACUGGAAGCUAGUGACAUAGAUUUAGCUGUGGGAGUCGGAAAACUGGCUUUCAAAGCUGGAGGUGUCUGUAAAAGCAUUGACAAAAUUGUUGAUUUAGCUUCUACAGCUAAGCUGUUAAAAAGUGAGGAGUUGGUUUCAAGUGCAAGUAAAGCGGUGGCUCAGGAAGCAGCAGCUCUCCGUAGCGUUUCCAGAGUGGCUUCAGACGUCCCUGACAUCGGUCAGGCAGCUGUGAAAAGCUCUCUGGCUUUGUCCAAGUCGGCCAGAGCCGGCUUAAUCGCGGCCAACGCCCUCUUCCUCGGCCUGGACGUCUUCUUCAUCUGUAUAGACAGCAUCAGCCUGGCCAAAGGCAGCGAGACGGAGGUGUCACAAUUUAUCAGAGCCAGAGCUGCUCUGUGGAGCUCAGAGAUGGACUCCUGGAAGAAAAUCCACGACUCGCUGUGUGACGGCCAGCAGACAUCAGGGAAGAAGGAAGCUCUUCUAGAGACGCCGUUUUACUUCAACACUUAUGUGACACAGUGUCAGUUCUGUUUUUUCUUCCUCAUUCUUGUGUUUUUCUGUGCAGGUUGGCUGUGGCUGUCCAUGUAGUAUAGGCAUAGUGGCCUGCACUGUAGGUCAAUUUGUUUGAGCUGUAUUGAAGUGGUUCUGUUUCUGCUCUCUGUGUCGGAGUAUACUUUAUUUUUUAGGUUCUAGCUCCAGCACAUCUUGAUUAAUUUGUAUUCUAGUGUUGAGUUCUGUCAUGUUGUGCGUUUUUCCCACCUAGAGUGGUGCUUUUUCUUAUGAAAUACUUUUAGUUCUCACUGUGGCUUGUCAUCUGGUCCUGCAUUGGGGUCAUCCUGAUACGACCCUGACCUGAUGUGGAAAAACUGGAAAGACCAGAAGAGGUUCUGCCUGACUAAGAGGAGGAACAAAUACAAGAUCACCAAUCUAUCAAAUAAGUUUUUAAAAAAAGGACCAGAAAAGGAACUUUUGAUAAAUGAAAAUGCCAUUUAGUUUGAGCUAUAGUAGGUUUAUUUAACUAUAACAUAAAGAAAGGUCAAGUGCAUCACAGCAGACAACACACACUUGAUGACAGCAAAUAAUGAUCAACCAUCAUUCCAGUCCAAUGUGUGGAAACACUUUCAAUUUAGUAAAGUCAUUUAGUAAAGUCAUGUGACCAUACAGUGUGCUAGAAUGUUCUAAUCAUGUUUACUUUGGGUUAUUUGAAUGUGGAAAAACAAGAGUGGGCUGAACUCUAGAAAACUAAAAUGUGAAUGGAUUUGACAAUAAUUCUUGUUUACUUGUUUGUUUGCACAAAUAUUUAAUUGAUUAUCUUGCAAGGAAUCUGGAAACAUCAAUCAUUAAGCUGAUUCUGUUUGGUUUGUUCUCAAUAAAACAGUGUGUUGAUGACUGAUAACAAUAA